AUGGCAUCGCAAUCCCAAUCUCCCGACAUUGAGGUGCUGCUGCACAAACUCACACAGGAAGAAAAGGUCUCUCUGCUGGCAGCGAAGGAUUGGUGGCGCACCCCGGUUAUCCAACGGGACGAGGUCUUUGUCCCACACAUCAAGUCGACCGACGGCCCCAACGGCGCCCGCGGGGAGAGCUAUGUGAGCGGGAUCAAGGCCGCCUGCUUCCCCUGCGGCACCAGUCUGGGGGCGUCCUUUGACCGGGAAUUGCUGUAUCGCAACGGCCAGGAAAUCGCCAACGAGGCGCGGACCAAGGCUGCGAAUGUCCUGCUGGCACCUACACUCAACGUCAUCCGCUCGCCGCGAGGUGGUCGCAAUUACGAGACAUACUCCGAAGACCCGUUUGUGUUGGGGGUGUUGGGAGCGGCAUUUGUUCGAGGAUGCCAGUCUGCUGGCAUCGCCGCCACGCCCAAGCAUUUCGUCGCCAACGACACGGAAAACAGUCGCCAGGUUCUCAGUGCCGAGAUCGACGAGCAGACGCUGAGGGAGAUCUAUCUGCUCCCGUUUCAAUUGGUGAUGAAGCUGUCAGAUCCGUGGUGCUUCAUGACGAGCUACAAUCGGGUCAAUGGCACGUACGUUGCGGAUGAUGCUCGCCUGGUCAACGGUGUUCUGCGAGGCGAAUGGGGGUUUGCGGGCUCGGUGAUCUCCGACUGGAUGGGGGUGUAUUCCACCGCGGCGAGCAUCAAUGCGGGCGUUGACUUGGAAAUGCCCGGACCGACGAGAUGGAGGGGCGAGAAACUGAUCCAGGCCCUCAACGAUGGUGAAGUCCGUCCGAGGACCGUGGAUGAGUCGGCCGGGCGCAUCCUGGAGCUGGCGCGCCGCCUCGGACGCUUCGACAACCCUAACGAACCACCCGAACGGGCCGUGGAAAAUGCCGACCGCGAUCGCUUCAUUCGUGAUGCGGCCGCAGAGAGUAUGGUUCUUCUGAAAAACGAGGGGAUUCUGCCCUUGCCGGGCAAUGCGACCGUGGCACUCAUCGGGCACCAUGCGUUGAACGCCAGCCUGGGCGGCGGGGGGAGUGCCCGCGUGGAUUCCCUGCACGCCGUGAGCCCCGUCGAGGGCCUGGCGAAGGCCGGCUUUGCAGUGAAUGCAUCCCCCGGGAUCCCCGUAUUUGGGGCCCUCCCCCACGCGGAUCCCUCUGUGCUUGACGCAUCCGAGUCGGUUCGCGUGGAAUGGUUCAAUGGGAGAGUCAUCGGGGAGAACCUGGUCCAUCAGGAGUGGAAGGCGCUUCCGGAGUACAUGAUCAAGGAACAGUGGCCAUCCUAUCUCACAGCGGAGUACUGCACUCGCAUCACCUUCGACGUCUGGCCCGUAACCAGCGGUGACCAUAUCCUCUCCGUCAUCUCCACCGGGCCGGCCAUCGUCCACGUCAACGGGGAGAAGAUCUUUACCCGACCACAGGAAACAGACCUCAGACCAGAGUCCUUCUACUUCUUCAAAUCGAAGCUGGAGCGCCGCUUCACCCAUCCCAUGGAGGCCGGCAAAUCCUACACCCUCGUGCUGGAGAGCUGGAAUACCGACCCUGCCAUCCUGCACGCGAAGCCCCUCUUCGGUCGCAUGUUCCAGGGCUCCUCCCUGCGCUUCCACGAACACAUCGACGUCCCUGCUCGUAUUCACGCCGCAUGUCAGGCCGCCCAGCAAUCCGAUUACGCGAUCGUCUGCACCGGCACCACAAGCGAGAUCGAAUCCGAAGGUUUCGACCGAGACACCAUGGACCUCUCAUCCCAUCAGUACGAGCAAAUCCUCGCCAUCGCGGCACAUAACCCGCGAACCAUCGUGGUGAACUUCUCCGGCGGGCCGGUCGGACUGACGCAGUUUCUCUCGCUCGUACCUGCUGCCAUCCAGGCGUGGUUCCCGGGACAAGAAGGCGGCCAUUCUCUCGCUCGGGUGCUGAAUGGCGCUGUGAAUCCCAGUGGUCGGCUUCCGUUUUCCUGGCCGCGAAGGGAUGAGGAUAAUCCCUCUCAUGGCAAUUUUCCCUGCGACGACAAUAACAUUGUUCGAUACGAGGAGGGGUUGGCGGUGGGAUACAGGCACUACGAUCGUAAAGACAGCCCGGAGCCUCUGUUUCCGUUUGGGUAUGGUCUGUCGUAUACCGAAUUUGACGUCAAGAAUGUCAAGGUAGUUGAGGGAAUGUUAUCCGGCCCAGGUGAUACAGUCUCUGUCGUCUGCGACGUGGAGAAUAUCGGCGAUCGAAGCGGUGCGGCCGUGGUGCAGUACUACGUGGAAUUCCCCCCCGUCAGGAUCGGCCACCGGAGGCCCCCGAAGGAGCUGAAGGAGUUUCAGAAAGUCAGGCUAGAUGCCGGAGAGAGGAAGGGAGUGGCCAUCACUCUCGAUAAGUACAGUGUUAGUUUCUACCAUGCGUCUGAACGGUGCUGGCAGGCGGUUGCUGGGAAGUAUAGGGUGCAUGUGGGCCUCUCGUCGCGGGAGAUUUGCGGCGCUGUUGAUCUUACGGUCACUGAAGACUUUCAAUGGACCGGGGUUUAGAUAUGGGGUUGUGAUG